AUUUCCCUCUUUUCUUUAUUUUUUCCAAAACAAUUUCAUGCCUUUCUCUAACCCCCUACCCCUUACCACCCACCCCACCUCCAUCUAGCUAGUUUCUUUCAUUAAUUCCCAUCACCCCCAAAACAUUUUUCUUGAACUUGUCAUCCUCUCUUUUAAUUUGUUCUUUCUCAUCCAUCUCUCCUUCAUAUCCUUGUCAAAUCACAAGAAAACAACCAAAAAAAAAACAGAAGAAAAAGAGAAUAGAAGUUUUAAGUUUUGGUUUAUCUUCCAUCUAUAUUGGAUUGAAAAAAAGGAAGGGUUGAUGGCCCCAGACGAUAGAGGAGCGAAGGUGUCGCCAGGAGGAGGAAGAAACGGAGGAACAAGCAGGCAAGCGCUUAAGAAAGGGCCAUGGACAGCAACAGAAGACGCGAUUUUAAUGGAGUACGUGAAGAAGCAUGGAGAAGGUAAUUGGAAUGCUGUUCAAAGGAAUUCAGGAUUGAUGAGAUGUGGUAAAAGUUGUAGGUUAAGAUGGGCUAAUCAUCUUAGACCUAAUCUUAAGAAAGGUGCUUUUUCUCCUGAGGAAGAAAGGAUUAUCAUUGAGCUUCAUGCUAAAUUUGGCAACAAAUGGGCUCGCAUGGCUGCUCAGCUACCUGGACGAACAGACAAUGAGAUCAAGAAUUACUGGAACACAAGGCUAAAGAGAAGACAAAGAGCUGGUUUGCCUAUAUAUCCUCAAGAAUUACAACAACAAAACCAACAAGAAAACAAUCAACACCAAAGCCUUCUUUCUUCACCAUAUGAUCCCAAAAGGGCAACUUAUAGUAAUAACAAUCCUCCAUCUUUUUGCCUUUUGGAUAUCUUCAAUCCUUCAACCAUGAAACCUUCUAUACAAUUCCCUCUUAAUAAUAACACCAUUUUUCGCGAUCCUCCGAAAGGCAUUUCCUUGACAUUGCCAUCAUCUAUAAGGAAUUCUCAAUUUUCUUCACUACCAACAUCAGUGCCAAAUAACAAUUUUGGUCACGGCUUGUCCAAUUCAAUGCCAGUGCCAGUGCCAGUGCCAUCAUUUCAAAAUAACUAUCCAAGUUUUAAUAACUUCACAACAAGGCCUUUUACGGGGAAUAUUCAUUCGAAUCCAAAUGAAUUAAUCUCUGGUAUAGGGGGUAUUAAUAAUAUUAAUUACCCCUCAGGACAAUCAUCUAUCCCUGUAACUGCAUCAUCAUCUGAGAAUACAGGUAGUGAUUUUGGCUCAAGUGAUGCUAAUAAUUAUGCAAACGUUGCUGGAUUAUCGCGAGGAAAUAGUGGAUUAUUGCAAGAUUUAUUGGAGGAGUCUCAGACAUUGACUACUCGCGAUGUCAAGAUAGAAGAUCAGAAUAAUUAUCUUGAUUUAAAGGAAGAAGAAGCUGAUUAUAAAGGGAAAUCAUUAUGGGAAGAUUAUGGAUUAGUGGAAGAGGAAGGAGAAGAAGCUAUUUUAACUGAAGAAUCUGUUUACAGCUUUGCUCAUGGUGUCGAUGUCACCUUAAAUAGUAACUCUGAAAGCUCCAGCCCUGAUCCCAAUUUACCUUCAGGGAUAUUGAACAAGGAAGUUUCAUUCCAGGGAAUUAAUCAAGUGGAUGACGAUAUAAUGUGUCUUCUUGAUAAUUUUCCGUUAGCUGUACCAGUUCCUGAUUGGUAUGACGAAAGGGAUGGCAAAAAUAAUUCAAAUGGACAAUUGUCAAAUGUGACAAAUGGUGAUCACAAAGCUGAAAAUCAGGCUGAAGAUUUCAAUAAGUCACAAGUUGUGGCAAAUUCAGGGCCUAGGAAUCAUGAUUGGGAACUUGGAGGAUGUUGCUGGAAUAACAUGCCUUCUUUUUGCUAGAAUUAGAUUUUUAAAAAAAACAUCUAAUAUAUAGUAAAUGGAAAAGAUUGAGGGAUUUUGAUGUCACCUCUCUUUCCAUUUUUUUUAUACCUUAGGUUGAGAUAUAGGUAUAUUUGAUGAUCGUUCAUUUGAUCUUCCUGGAUUAUUUGUUGUUUUGGAAUAUGAAAAAUGAAAACUCCUCUUUUGCUGAGAUAUGGAGAUUGUCUAGUUUUAGAGUAAUUAGUCCACACAGUUGUUCUUUGAAACAACAAUCAAGAGUUGUUUAAGCUUUGCUUUA